AUGUCUAGUAACACACCAGGUGACAUGUCCAAUAGCACACCAAGUGACAUGUCUAGUAGCUCAGCGAGUGACAUGUUCAGAAGCACACCAAGUUACAUAUCCAGUAGCACACUAAGUGACAUGUCUAGUAACACACCAGGUGAUAUGUCUAGUAGCGCACCAAGUGACACGUUCAGUAGCACACCAAGUGACAUGUUCAGUAGCACACCAAGUGACAUAUCCAGUAGCACACCAAGUGACAUGUCCAGUAGCACAGCAAGUGACAUGUCUAGUAGCACACCAAGUGAUAUGCUCAGUAGCACACCAAGUGACAUGUCUAGUAGCACACCAGGUGACAUGUCCAGUAGCUCACCACAUGACAUGUCUAGUAGCACACCAAGUGACAUGUUUAGUAACACGCCAAGUGGCAUGUUUAGUAGCACACAAAGUGACAUGUUCAGUAGCACACCAAGUGACUUAUCCAGUCGCACACCAAGUAACAUGUCCGGUAGCACAGCAAGUGACAUGUCUAGUAGCACACUAAGUGACAUGUCUAGUAACACACCAGGUGAUAUGUCUAGUAGCGCACCAAGUGACACGUUCAGUAGCACACCAAGUGACAUGUUCAGUAGCACACCAAGUGACAUAUCCAUUAGCACACCAAGUGACAUGUCCAGUAGCACAGCAAGUGACAUGUCUAGUAGCACACCAAGUGAUAUGCUCAGUAGCACACCAAGUGACAUGUCUAGUAGCACACCAAGUAACAUGUCUAGUAGCACACCAAGUGACAUGUCCAGUAGCACACCAAGUGACAUGUCUAGUAGCACACCAAGUGACAUGUCUAGUAGCACACCAGGUGACAUGUCCAGUAGCUCACCACAUGACAUGUCUAGUAGCACACCAAGUGACAUGUUUAGUAACACGCCAAGUGGCAUGUUUAGUAGCACACAAAGUGACAUGUUCAGUAGCACACCAAGUGACUUAUCCAGUCGCACACCAAGUAACAUGUCCGGUAGCACAGCAAGUGACAUGUCUAGUAGCACACCAAGUGAUAUGCUCAGUAGCACAACAAGUGACAUGUCUAGUAGCACACCAAGUGACAUGUCUAGUAGCACACCAAGUGACAUGUCUAGUAGCACACCAAGUGAGAUGCGCAGUAGCACACCAAGUGACAUAUUCAGUAGCACACCAAGUGACAUGUCUAGUAGCACACCAGGUGACAUGUCCAGUAGCUCAACACGUGACAUAUCUAGCAGCACACCAAGUGACAUGUUUAGUAACACGCCAAGUGGCAUGUUUAGUAGCACGCCAAGUGGCAUAUUUAGUAGCACACAAAGUGACAUUUUCAGUAGCACACCAAGUGACAUAUCCAGUAGCACACCAAGUAACAUGUCCAGUAGCACAGCAAGUGACAUGUCUAGUAGAACACCAAGUGAUAUGCUCAGUAGCACACCAAGUGACAUGUCUAGUAGCACACCAAGUGACAUGUCCAGUAGCACACCAAGUGACAUGUCUAGUAGCACACCAAGUGCCAUGUCCAGUAGCACACCAAGUGACAUGUCUAGUAGCGCACAAAGUGACAUAUCCAGUAGCACACCAAGUGACAUGUCCAGUAGCACACCAAGUGACAUGUCUAGUAGCACAUCAGGUGACAUGCCCAGUAGGUCACCACGUGACAUGUCUAGUAGCACACCAAGUGACAUGUUUAGUAGCACACCAAGUGACAUGUCUAGUAGCACACCAAGUGACAUGUCCAGUAGCACACCAAGUGACAUGUCUAGUAGCACACCAGGUGACAUGCCCAGUAGCUCACCACGUGACAUGUCUAGUAGCACACCAAGUGACAUGUUUAGUAGCACACCAAGUGACAUGUCCAGUAGCACACCAAGUGACAUGUCUAGUAGCACACCAGGUGACAUGCCCAGUAGCUCACCACGUGACAUGUCUAGUAGCACACCAAGUGACAUGUUUAGUAGCACACCAAGUGGCAUGUUUGGUAGCACGCCAAGUGGCAUGUUUAUUAGCACACGAAGUGACAUGUUCAGUAGCACACCUAUUGACAUAUUCAGUAGCACACCAAGUGCCAUGUUCAGUAGCACACCGAGUGACAUGCUCAGUAGCACACCAAAUGACAUGAUCAGUAGCACACAAAGUGUCACAUCUAGUAGUACACCGAGUGACAUGUUUAGUAGCACACCAAGUGACAUCUCUAGUAGCAAACCGAGUGACAUGUUUAGUAGCACACCAAGUGACAUGUCUAGUAGUACACCAAGUGACACGUUCAGUAGCACAUCUAUUGACAUAUUCAGUAGCACACAUAUUGAUGUAUUCAGUAGCACACGGAGUGACAUAUUAAGUAGCACACGAAGUGACAUGUUCAGUAGCACACCAAGUGACAUGUCCAGUAGCACACCAAGUGAGAUGUCUAAUAGCACACCAAGCGACAUGUCCAGUAGCACACCAAGUGACAUGUUCAGUAGCACACCAAGUGACAUGUCCAGUAGCACACCAAGUGAGAUGUCUAAUAGCACACCAAGCGACAUGUCCAGUAGCACACCAAGUGACAUGUUCAGUAGCACACAAAGUGACAUGUCCAGUAGCACACCAAGUGACAUGUCCAGUAGCACACCAAGUGACAUGUCUAGUAGCACACCAUGUGACAUGUCCAGUAGCUCACCACGUGACAUGUCUAGUAGCACACCAAGUGACAUGUUUAGUAGCACACCAAGUGGCAUGUUUGGUAGCACGUCAAGUGGCAUGUUUAUUAGCACACCAAGUGACAUUUUCAGUAGCACACCUACUGACAUAUUCAGUAGCACACCAAGUGCCAUGUUCAGUAGCACACCAAGUGACAUGUUCAGUAGCACACCAAGUGACAUGUUUAGUAGCACACCGAGUGACGUGCUCAGUAGCACACCAAGUGACAUGAUCAGUAGCACACAAAGUGUCACAUCUAGUUGUACACCGAGUGACAUGUUUAGUAGCACACCAAGUGACAUCUCUAGUAGCAAACCGAGUGACGUGUUUAGUAGCACACCAAGUGACAUGUCUAGUAGUACACCAAGUGACAUGUUCAGUAGCACAUCUAUUGACAUAUUCAGUAGCACACCUAUUGAUGUAUUCAGUAGCACACGAAGUGACAUAUUAAGUAGCACACCAAGUGACAUGUUCAGUAGCACACCAAGUGACAUGUUCAGUAGCACACCAAGUGACAUGUCUAGUAGCACAGCGAGUACUACACGAGGUACUACACCAAGUACAACAUCUAGCACAACACCAACACCAGGAGGAGACACAUCCACGAGGAGGCCGGAUUCCAGUCAAGCACGUUUCAGACUGUCGUUUUCCCUUGAAUUUUCAAAGCUACUUUUCAAUGACGACUUGAAAGACCCUCGAACAAAGCUCUAUGCAAACUACACAGGAGAGCUGAGAUCUCAACUGACACGAAUCUACACAAACGUUCCAGGUUUUAACUACGUAGAUAUAAAAGGAUUUAGAAAUGGAAGCGUCAUUAAUCUCUACACCGUGGUUUUAAACGUCGGCCAAACAAACAAAAGCCUUGUUAUUGAUGUUCUCUUCGACGAAGUGCUUCGGGACCUCGAAAACGUCACACUCGAUGGAUCGGAUGUUAAUAGGACGUCACUGUAUAAAACCAUGACAACAGAACUUGACAAUGCCAAGAAAAUUCUGUCCGACAUCUGUAAUGCUAUAAAUAUGUGCCACGUCAACGAGACAUGUCAUGGCACUGAUGCUGUUGACGUCACGUGUUCACCGCGUUGUAAUGGAAACAUUUGUACAGACGAUGGCGACUGUUACGUCCGCGAUGAUGGGUCAACUGGAUGCAGAUGUAAGAUAAGUGACAAGUACGUGUACAGUGGUGACAGGUGUGAGAUGCUUGAUGUAUAUUAUUGUAGAUGUAAAACAAGUGACAAGUAUGUGUACAGCGGUGACAGAUGCAAGACAAGUGACAAGUAUGUGUACAGCGGUGACAGGUGUGAGAUACGCGGUGAGAAACUUCUCCUCACAUCUGAGGAAAUCGUCGCCAUUGCUGUAGGAACUGGAGGAGGAAUCAUCCUUCUGCUGGUGAUUGCGCUAAUCUGCACGUGCUGCUGGAAACAGAGAAAAGCAGACGACAAAUACAGUCUGUUUGACGAUUUUAAGUCGGAACAAGCACAGCCAUACCCAUCUAUGGCGAGUAACCUGGGAAUGUCGAGCAAAGAUGAAUAUCGCCGGAAAUUCGUCAUGCCACGUGCUGCGGAAAAUCCCGAAUAUCAACCCUCAAACCAGAAUGACUUCGUCUUCUACUACGGUGGAUUGACCAAUCGUAGUUCAGGAAGCGAGUGGCGUAAUUACAUUCACGAUACACACGACGACGCUGAGACAUCACGUGAUACACCACGUGACAUUCCACUCAGUACCUUCCAGGAUAGAGCUGCGGUUCCGUUCGGUUCUGAGAGACUAGAUGAGAAACCUGGAACGUGUGAAAGUCUUCUUCUGGAUAACACGACAGCAGAUAGAACAUCUGUGUACGAAAGAAUCAACACUGAAACCACAUUUACUUUUAAAAGACCAACGUUAAGUUUGAAACCUGAAGAUUUUGAGGGAGGAAGUUCGUAUCAACUAAAGGGAGAUAACUAUUCAUAUUAAAAGGGAGGAACUCUCCAUUUCAACUAGAGGGAGAGAAAUUGUCAUGGAUUGUGCGCUUCUCAGUAUGCCGUAAAACCGCAUUAAACUUUAAUGAUGUUUAGGACUCAAAACUUCAAGGCACAAACUUUGACCUUUGCAAUGAAUAAAAAGUGACGGCGAAUUGGGAGGAAUGACUGUUGUAAAACUGUGGGUUUUUUGUUUACCGAUUUAUGCGUGCAGGGGCGGAUGGUUUCCCAGUUGCACGACCCCCCCCCCCUCCCCGUCCCUUCCCCCGGCUAAAAAAAACCCCAACCCCACCACGUAGAUCUAAAUUGAUGUCCACGUAAAAUUUAUAAUUUCGAAUUAUAAACAUUUAUAUAUUAUUUCGGACUGCGUGUGUAUGUAAAUGUGUAUUUGAGUACAGGUGCGUGAGAGUUCAUGCUCCACGUAUGACUAUUUUAAUAAUAGUAAAUCCCAGUACCAUAUUCCUCUAGUAUUUGUUGUAUACGAGAGAUAACACUUGUUUUUGACUUCCAUUAUUUUCCAAGCCGCCUUUCUGGAUCGAUCCCCAUCGGUGGACCUAUUGGGCUAUUUCUCGUUCUAGAAAGUGCUCCACAACUGGUGUAACAAAGGCCAUGGUAUGUACUAUC